AUGGCAGAAUCCUCCAGCGAUUCAGAACACUUUCGCUCUCGUGACCGAUUGAGUCGAUGGACUACCAGGUCAACAUACAGGGAAAGUCUAAGUCGUCCUACAGUAGGCGUCACCGAGAAGGUCAACACUAUAACGAGUACUUUACAGGACACCAGUCGGAACCUGCGACAAGUAGACCAGAUGCUUGGACAGUAUCGAGAAUAUAGUAAUGGACAGGCGGGUGCUAUAGAACAUUUAAAAGAAAGCUUGGAACAAUCAAUAGGCCAAUUGCGGAGUCAGCGUUUAUUGAGAAACUCAGGAGGGAGAAGUAUUUCUGUUACAAGUCUGAGUGCAAGUGACCUCGAUGGUGGCACUGUGACAGAGAGCUACCGUUUUCCACCUACCUCACCUCUCAAGGACUAUGGGGAUCAUCAGGGGAGUAAACGAAUUAGGUCCAGAACUGGUGUCCGAUUUGUUCGGGAGACUGACGACAUGGGCCAGUUUCAUGCGUUUCAUCAGUCCCUCCGAGACCUCAGCAGUGAACAAGUUCGGCUUGGAGAUGAUUUCAAUCGGGAAUUUGCCAGAAGAAGCCGGUCGGAUGCUGAAACAAAAAGGGCUUUGGAAGAAUUAGCUGAAAAACUUAAUGAAACCCAAAAGCAAGAAGUGGUUUCAGAUCGGGUGGAACGACGGCUUCAGGAAAUAGAGAGAGAGAUGCGCACAGAAAGGGAGCUGGUGGAAAGACGGCAGGAUCAACUGGGACUUAUUUCUUUGCAGCUACAGGAGGCACUGAAGAAACAAGAAGCUAAAGCAGAUGAAAAUGAGGGAGCCGUGAAAAAUAAGCUAAGACAGACUGAAACUGAGAAGAGUCAACUUGAACAAGAAUUGGAGCUAUCUCGAAGGUUAUUGAAUCAGUCGGAAGGCAGCAGAGAAACACUUCUGCAUCAGGUAGAAGAGCUCCGUACACAACUUUUGAAAGCAGAAGGUGAUCGAAAGGGUUUACAGCAUCAAGUGUCUCAGAUUUCCAAGCAACGAUCAAACCAUCAAGAUGAACAAGGAGAUGACUGGAGGUUUAGGAGAGGGGUUGAGCGGGAAAAAGAGAAUCUGGAGAAGCAGAUGUCAGAUUUGAGGGUGCAGCUGAACUUCAGUGCAAUGGCAUCUGAGUUAGAGGAAGCGAAGCGGUGCAUGGAGCGAAAAGACCAGGAGAAGGCACAUUUUGCAGCGCAAGUAGAGAAUUUAACACGUGAAUUGGAGAACAGGGAAAAGCAGCAACUACAGAUGUUGGAUCAACUUAAGGAGAUCCAGAAUCACUUUGAGACUUGUGAGGCCAAACAUAAGCGCGCUGACCUUCAGAUCUCAGAGCUGACUCACCAUGCUGAGGAUGCCACCAAACAGGCCGAGCAGUACCUUCUCGAGUUCCAGCAGUCAGAGGCCCUGAGACAGGCAGCGGAGAAGAGGAGAGAAGAGCUGAAGACGAAAGCUCAGGAGUCCAUUAGACAGUGGAAGCUUAAGCAUAAGAAAAUAGAGCGAGCACUGGAGAAGCAGUCUGAAACUCUUGAGCAACUGACAGACAAGAAUAAUCAGAUUCUAAAAGAAAAGGAUGAAUUGAAAAGCCAGCUUUAUGCAGCGUUACAACAGAUAGAGAAUCUUCGAAAGGAAUUGAAUGACGUCUUAACCAAGCGUGCCCUUCAAGAGGAGGAACUUCACUGUAAGGAGCAGAAACUAAGUGAUAUUAAGGCUCAUCAAGCUGACCUUGAACUAGAAGUCAAGGAUUCCCUGGACACUAUCCAUAGGCUGGAAAGUGAAUUGAAGAAGCAGAGUAAGAUUCAAAGCCAGGUGAAAGUUGAGAAAGCUCACCUGGAAGAAGAAAUCGCAGAGCUAAAAAAGGGCCAGGCCAAGGACAAAGCUCAACUUCUCGAGAUGCAAGAGGCUGUCAAGGACUUGAGUGCCAUCCGGGCCGAUCUUGCUAAUAAACUGGCUGAGGAACAGAAAGCCAGGAAAGAGGUGCUUAAGACCCUUGCUGACCUCAAGACACAGGCGAAAUCUAGAGAUGAAGAAACAGCUACAAUCGUUACACAGUUAAAGCUAGAACGAGACGUUCACCAGAGGGAGCUGGAAGAUCUCACAUCGUCAUUGCAGAGUGUGAAAACUAAACACGAGCAGAACAUCCAGGAGCUGAUGAAGCACUUCAAGAAGGAAAAGAGUGAGGCUGAGAAUCAUAUUAGGACACUGAAGGCAGAAAGCAUAGAAGAUAAGAAUACAGCUAAAAUCCAUCGUUGUCAGCUAGAGAAGUUGAAAUCACAGUGUGACAGGCUGACAGAGGAAUUAACCCAGAAUGAACAGGAGAACAAAAAACUGAAGCUAAAAUAUCAGAGUUUGAAGGACCAGCUAGAAGAAAAGGAAAAGCAUAUAAGCAAUGAAGAAGAGUACUUAAGGAGGAUGGAAGAGGCCAGAUUGCAGCUCAAGGAUCAACUUCUUUGCCUGGAGACUGAACAGGAAUCCAUUCUUGGUGUCAUAGGAAAAGAAAUUGAUGCAGCUUGUAAAACCUUCUCCAGGGACUCUAUGGAGAAAUUGAAAGUUUUUUCAUCUGGUCCUGAUAUUAAUUAUGACCCACAUCGCUGGUUAGCAGAAAGCAAGACUAAACUUAAGUGGCUCUGUGAGGAACUGAAGGAGAGAGAAAACAGAGAGAGGAGUCUGCGGCACGAGCUGAUGCUGUGCAGACAACAGCUGAGGAGUAUGACCGAAAACAAGGAAUCUGAGCUCCAGUGUCUCUUCGAACAGAUAGAAAGACAAGAGCAGCUUCUGGAAGAAAUACAACAAGAGAAGAGAGAUCUCCUGGAGGAGACCCACAGAAAAGAUGAAGAAAUGGAAUCUCUGCAGCCAAAGCAACUGUUUAAAAUUCCAUCUUGGGAAGAUGCUAGUCAGACUGCAAUGAAAAAUCAGAAUGAAGCUCAAUUUGAAGAAAAAGCAGACCGUGUAAAUGCAUUAGAAACGAGUACCCGAGUGGCCUUGGACCAUCUGGAGUCUGUGCCUGAGAAACUGAGCUUACUAGAAGAUUUCAAAGACUUCAGAGAUUCCUGCAGUUUAUCUGAGAGAAUUGAUGGGAGAUAUUCUAAAUACAGAGUUCACAAAGAAUCUCUUCAGCAGCGCCGAGAUGAUACCAAGUACGGAGUCAAAAACUCCAAAGAUGACGGAAUCUUUGCUGAGAGUUCCCAUGCUCGUAGGUUAGACCACUCCCCGUCUUGGCCUGAUCGCGGUCACUUCCUGUCUAGUCCACGAUUUUCACACUUGAAUUCAUUUACCAAAAGAACAGUUACUCCAGAUUCACCUUCAAUCAAGGAAGAUGCCAGCAGUUUACCAAUGGAUGGGACAAGUCCACAGUCUAAAAAGGAGGAAUAUGAAAGCAAAAAAAGCAAAAUGUUACUUGGAAGCAACCUGUUUUGGGACAUUGGUUCUAUGUUACCAUUUCACAUGCAGUUUUGUUUUGUCUAUACCAGCAGCUCACAGCUAUCCACGCUGUGUUUCAGAGUAACACUUCCAGACUCUGACAUUGCCAUCUUUAAAAAGAUUUUGGUGUAA